UGCGCGCGCAACUGGCCCUGGGUAUUCUCUGCUCCGUUAUUAUAAAGGGGGAGUGGAAGGCGCCUUUUGGUUUCCUUCCCCUUUUAUUUCUUCUCGUUCUCAGUUCGUGCGGAGCAGGCAUCCGAAGAGCGAGCGAUAGCCAGAGAUCCAUUGUCUGUGGAGGCGUGCGUUUGUUGUAUUUCUUUUUCCUUUCUUUUCCCCACCCCCCCCCCCCGCCCCCGCCGUUAUCCGAGUGGCAAAAGAAGCCGUCGUUGAAAGAAAGCCGCGGUACAAAAAUGGCAUCUGGUGUUGCAGUCUCUGAUGAAGUGGUGUGCUGUUUCAAUGACAUGAAAGUGCGCAAAUCAUGCAGCCAGGCAGAUUUGAAGAAGAGGAAGAAGGCAGUGCUCUUUAAAUUGGAUGAUAGUAAAGAGAAGAUAAUUGUGGACCAGGAGAAGCAGAUUACAGUUGGAGAUGUUUUGGAGCAAAGAAUUUGUGACCCGCUCAACAGCUUUAUUAAAAUGCUUCCAUUGAACGAUUGCCGCUAUGCUCUUUAUGAUGCAUCCUUCGAGACCAAGGAGACAAAGAAGGAAGAGUUGAUCUUCAUGCACUGGGUUCCUGAAGAUGCAUCUGUGGCAUGUAAAAUGAUCUAUGCUAGCUCCAAGGAUGCCUUGAAAAAGAAGUUUACAGGAGUGAAGCAUGAGUGGCAGGUGACUUCCAUUGAAGAAUUAAUGGACCGCUGUGAGCUGGCAUCAAAGCUGGGGUCAGGCGUUAUUGCAUUUGAAUCGCAGAAAAUCUAGUGCCAGUGCAUUGAGCUUCCAUGUUUGUCACGUGCUGUGGGUUUUAUUGCUUGCAGAGUACCUUCCAGUUUAUGUAUCUUUGACUUCCCAUCUGACUCUUGCUUUUAACCUGUUUGUAAUCGGGACCUAACUAGAAAGUUGUGGGACAAAAAAAAAAUCAAAGUACUGUUCAUCAGGCUACAAGGGGCUGUAGAGAGACUUGCUGCCAAAAUUGUUUUCUCAAGGCCAAGCCUACAGUUACAGUGGAACAGGUCAGGCAGGGUAGAAAACCCACUACAAUGCCUGAAUAUUAACUUGUCGCAAUCAUUCCAUGCAAUGUGAUCUUAAUUCUGGUUGGGAGAUUUUUGACUUGACAAGUUUGUGUAAGCAUAACCUCUCAGCUUCAGGAGUGGAGAUUUUUUAAACCAUUAAUCAUGCAAGCUUGAUUUAAUUACCCUUUUGGUGUCUCUGAAUUUUUGGAAGUCUGCACCCCCAUCCCCCAAAAUCCAGAUGCCUUUACACCUCUGAAAUCAGCCUGUUUCUGGUUUGAUUGUCCUUUUGACAUUCAUUCCAUGCAUCAUUCCCUGAGUUCUAACAAGACUCCACCUCUGGUAAGGGCUGACCCCACAAUCUCAGCACUGCAUUAUAACGUGACCAACUCUUGUUUUGGGGGUGGAGAGGCAGUGACUACCAGUUCUGAGGACCGAAUCAUGUAGUGUGUUUUGCAGGUGGUUAAUUGUUGGGUGGGAUUUGGGGGCCUGACUAAUGUGGAAGCAACAUUAUUAAUCCUUGAAAUAAACUUAGUAUGAAAA